CGCUGGCUACGGGAGAAAUAACGUAGACCCAAAAUUCUCCAAUAGUCGCACUUCUCCCGGAUCUUCUCCUCUCAAGGGAAAACAAGAGUAAGAGAAACACCGUACUCCAUACAAUGCCUUCCCGACGAAGAACACUUUUGAAGGUCAUUAUUCUCGGCGAUAGCGGGGUUGGAAAGACCUCUUUAAUGAAUCAAUAUGUGAAUAAGAAAUUUAGCAAUCAAUAUAAGGCAACUAUUGGAGCCGAUUUCUUGACAAAAGAAGUUCAGUUUGAAGAUAGACUCUUUACCUUACAGAUAUGGGAUACAGCUGGUCAGGAACGAUUUCAAAGCCUAGGUGUGGCUUUCUAUCGUGGUGCAGACUGCUGUGUUCUUGUAUAUGAUGUUAAUGUGACGAAGUCAUUUGACAAUUUGAACAACUGGAGAGAAGAAUUUCUUAUCCAGGCAAGUCCUUCAGACCCUGAGAAUUUCCCAUUUGUUGUUUUGGGGAACAAGGUUGAUGUGGAUGGUGGAAACAGCAGAGUGGUUUCAGAGAAGAAGGCCAGGGCUUGGUGUGCCUCAAAGGGGAAUAUUCCUUACUUUGAGACAUCUGCCAAGGAGGGUAUUAAUGUAGAAGAAGCUUUCCAGGUCAUAGCUAAGAAUGCUUUGAAGAGUGGAGAGGAGGAAGAAAUAUACUUGCCGGACACCAUUGAUGUUGCAAGUGGGAGUCAGCAGGGGUCCACAGGAUGCGAAUGCUAGAUAUGUUACAUCAAUCAUUUAUUAUGUGAUUUAACCACUUGUUUCAGUUAUAUAGGACCCUUUCCCCUUCUUUCCUGUCCGUUAAUUCUUAAAUGUGUUACAAGACUAUCAAUUGUAUGUUAGCGUUUGCGCAGGAAAUAAUUGAUUUCUUUGUACUUGUUUGGUGGCUUAAAUGGAUCAGGGGUAUAUUUGUUGUUACUA